GUGUGGGGCAGCCCAGGACUGGGAGAUCAGCGGCUGCGGUGGAGAUUGAGGUGCACCACCCUGGAGGGCACUAACAGGGGCUCAGCUCACCCCACGUCGCCUUCUUGGCAGCCGCUGUCUCCCGGGGAAGCCCUGGGGCCGGGCUGUCCCUUUAAGAGCCGCCCUCAGGGGAGGCGCCUGGCGCUGCAGGCUCCCGGCUCUUCCUGGUCCAGGCGGCGGACGGCGGACGGCCGGGGACGCCCGAAGUUUGUGGCAGGUGGGGCCGGGGGGCGCAUGGCGCUGGUCACCGUCCGCAGGUCCCCGGCCGGUAGCGGCCACGGCUCCCCCACCGGCCGCAAGGAUGAAGAGGUUUCCAGGAGGAGCCAGCUGCAGCGACGCCACAGCUUCGUCAUGGUCAAAGGGGCUGCCCUGCUCCUGCCGGAAGAGGAAAAGCUGGAGACGGUGCAAGAAGCCCCGCCCUCUCCGGACCAAAUGCAAAGCCAGCAGGAGCAGCACCUGCAGCUGAUGAUGGGGCUGCUGCGGCAAGAGGAUGCCAUCCGCCUGGCCGUGCGGCUGGAGUCAACCCGGCCCCACCGGAUCCGGUACCUGCUGCUCGUGUCGACAGAGGAGCUGGAGGGCAAGAACGAGACGGUCCUUCUGGGCGUGGACUUUCCUGAAGAGGGGUCGGCCAGAUGCACCCUGGGGAUGGUGCUGCCCCUCUGGAGCGACACCCAGGUCUUCCUCGAUGGGGAUGGGGGCUUCAGUGUGACGUCCUGGGGGCAGACACGCAUCUUCAAACCCAUCUCUGUGCAGACCAUGUGGUCAGUGCUGCAGGUACUGCACAAGGCGUGCAAUGAAGCCGUCCAAAACAACCACUUCCCUGGGGGCAGCGCGCUGGGCUGGGCUGAGUGGUACCAGCGCACCAUAGCCUCAGAGCAGAGCUGCAUCAACGAGUGGCUGGCCAUGUCCGACCUGGAGUCCGUGCGGCCCGACUCCCCUGCCCUCUUCUCUGACCGGCCAACGGAACGUGAGCUUAUGGAGCGGAAGAUCCGGGCCAAACUGCGUGAGCUGAUGGCCACGGCUGAUCUGGAGAGCAUCACCUCCAAGGAGAUCCGCACAGAGCUGGAGCGCCGCACUAGCUGCAGCCUGAAGGAGUACAAGGAGUUCAUUGACAACGAGAUGCUGCUCAUCAUGGCCCAGAUGGACCGUCCCUCCAAGAUCUUUGACCACCUGUACCUAGGCUCCGAGUGGAACGCAGCCAACCUGGAGGAGCUGCAGCGCAACAGAAUCAGCCACAUCCUCAACGUGACCCGGGAAAUCGACAACUUCUUCCCGGCACAUUUCACCUACCUGAAUGUGCGGCUCUAUGACGAAGAGGCCUCCCAGCUGCUGCCCUACUGGAAGGAGACAUAUCACUUCAUCUCAGCUGUCCGCAGGGCCCAGAACUUGCGGGUGUUGGUGCACUGCAAGAUGGGCGUAAGCCGCUCAGCCUCCACGGUGAUUGCCUACGCCAUGAAGGAGUACGGCUGGGCGCUGGAGCGGGCCUACCGGCAUGUGCAGGAGCAACGCCCCAUCGUGCACCCCAACCCCAGCUUCAUGAAGCAGCUGGAGUUCUACCAGGGCAUCUUGGACGCCAGCCGGCACAGCAGCCUGUGGGAGCAGAAGGCAGGAGACAGCCAAUGGGAGGACACGGUGAACGGGAGUGACACUGGCAGCGACCAAUCGGAAAGCGAGGGGAGCCUGUGCCAGGAGAUACUGAGUUCAGAGGAGGAGCCAGGGCGGCAGGAGGAGGAGCCAGUCACGACGCCCCAGUAUUGUUUCCGGCCCCUGCGGGAGCCCCCCGAGGAGCCAGCCCAGCCCCAGGCCCCAGCAGGGGGCGAAGGGCCCCAGAUCUGGGUGCAGGAGGCAGAGGAGCCGGGGGCCUCAGAUGACUCAGGGGCUGAGGAGGUCCGGGGGCACCUGGCUGUGCUGCAGGUGCCAGAGACACCCAAGACACCGCGCGACCGGCGCAUCAACCUCUACGCCGUGAUGAGGAGCAUCAGCGAGAUGGACAGCCCUGAUGCCACCACCCCACUGGGGGGUGCUGCUGAGGGGGAGGUGUUUGCUGCCUCAGAGCGCGAGUCCACUGUGGAGUGCCCCCCCCCCGGAACCUGCAGCCUCACCAUCACCCCCACAGGACCAGGAGGAGCCGGGGGCAGCCGUGCCAGGCUCCAAGGCCAAGCAGCACCCAUCGCGGGCCCCAACAGACAAGACAGGCAAGCGACGGGGCCAGCAGCGCAGCCGCCAGGUCCCCCGAAGCCAUGCCCAGCCGUGCAAGCAGAUCUCCUACCACCCGGCACCGGGCAAGGUGCACAAGGCUGUGAAGCACGUGGAGGGCCCCAGCCCCAGGGCCCCGCCUCCACGCCGGGCUCGUGCCAUGGAGCACCGCUACUCUGUGGCCCAGCUCAUGGAUGCCGCCCUGGUGCUCAGCCGCACCAGAGAGUUCGAGGAGCGGCUAGAGACAGCUGGCUGGGAAAGACCUCCCAGGGAGGAGCCUGCUAGCCCCCCGCCCCCAUCACAGGAGCCCCAGACUGGAGGAGGCACCCUCCCCCCAUCACGACCCAGGAGGAUGGUGCGGCAGGCCAGCGUGGACCUAGAGCCUGGCUCGGGGUGAGACUCCACCCCCGUAGCCUUGCCUCUGACUGUGGCUCUGCCCCCAUAGCCCAGGGUACUGCCAUGGAUGGUGCUAGGGCCCAGCAGCUGCCCUAUGCCAACGUCUGGGGGCAGGGCAUUUGAUACCGGGGGCCUCAGUGCAGAUCACCCUUGGGGGGCGGGGCCUGAGUGCUGCUGGGGGCAGGGCCAAUGGAAGGGAUGGACUCUAUGGUGGGAAAAGCCCCUCCCCCAAGUAUGCAUCCCCUCCACCCCCCGUAGAUCUGGAGGAAGGAUGGAACAUGCUCCCGUGGGGAUUGCUCUGUCCGCCCCUCACACUGCACAGCCCCAUGCUGCCCUGAGGCUCCUGCCCUGCAGCUGAGCAGGUGUUACUGGGGGAGGAUCGGGGGCAUGAUGCCCUCUGUUGUCCCUCCCCACUAGCCCUUUGCUUUUGUGCCAUUGAGCACUGCUUUGGUCAGUUGGGUCAAAGGAUGCCAACCCCAUCACUGUGACUGAGGAGAGAGGGGGUGAACUCCUCCUCCCCUUCCCCAGCUCUGCACACAUAGACACCAUGCCAUAUCUCUCUGUGCCAGCCUCACUCCGCCUGUAAAUAAAGAGUUAAUUCACUUUG